UUUACUGUAGUUCCGGUUCCGGUUAGAGGUGUUUUGUUUUCGUGUUCAGCAAGCUCAACCACGUGCUGCUGGACGUUUGUUUACUCUCGUGGUUUACUGGAUUCCCAAUUUAGCAGACUGGCAUAUAGAUGCACAGAAAAGGCUUGAGAAAGAAAAACAUGCGCCUUUUCUUAAGUUUUAUUCGUACAUCAACGCAAAUCAGGUGUGCCGUUUGGCAUUGUGUACCGCAGCGACGUUAUUUCUGCGAUGAAAAGGCAGCCGUAGAAAAAAGUCUCAACCAAGUGACACUUCUGGGUCGUGUUGGCAUAGAACCGCAGCUGAGGGGCAGUGAUAGUAAUCCUGUGGUGGUGUUCACUUUGGCUACUAACAGUAACUACAAGUAUGAGACAGGAGAGGUGGAGCAGAAGACACAGUGGCACCGAAUAAGUGUCUUCAAACCUUUCCUACGGAACUCUGUUUACCAAUUCCUGCGCAAAGGCACACGGAUUUUUGUGCAGGGUCGCCUCAUGUAUGGUCAUGUGACGGACGCAAAGGGUGUAGAACACAUCACUACCACUAUUGUAGCAGAGGAAGUUAUAUUCCUAGCUGGUGGCAAGAUGCCGGAGGAAAAAUCUUUAUUGGACAGCGGCGGAACGUAGAGAUGUCACAGACGUCGAAAAGUGGCCAAGUGUCGCUUGCAGCUGGGGCAAUGAUGUUCAACGUCCUGGCAUUCUGCAACACAGCAAGGCACUAGGCAGCAACCAAACCAGCACCUGCACAUUUAUUUUUCACUUCAUUAAGUAGCAGAAAGAUUCACAGUAUUAAAAGAAUUACCCAACACACUA